CGACGCUGCAGGCGCUCCCUCUUUCGGAGCUGACGCGCCCCCCAACUUCCGCUUCCGCCUUUGUUUUUCUGCUCGCGCACGCGCAACGCCUCCGCGCCGCCCCGAGUCCUGCUUGGAGGCGAGCCUUGCGCUUGCACACUAACUCUGAGCGUUCAUUGGGCUGCUGAGUCCAUUAGGACUAACCAAUGAACAGCCCGGACGAUAGCUCUAUCCAAUGAGAGUUAAGCGGAGGCGGGCCCCACGGCUUGGUCGCUAGGAGGUGGAAGCGUGUUAACCAGGGAAGGGAUGUGUCUCCUGCUGGGCGCUGCUGGGGUCGGGAAGACCCUGCUGGUGAAACGCCUUCAGAAUAUCCUUGCGCGCCGACCCCUUGACGGCCCGUACAGCUGAGCUCCGGAGAUGGCAAAGGCGACCUGGGAGAGCCUCCACCGACGCGACCCACGGUGGGCACCAACCUUACAGACAUUGUGGCCCACAGGAAGAUCACCAUCCGAGAGCUCGGGGGAUGCAUGAGCCCUAUCUGGUCCAGUUACUAUGGAAACUGCCAUUCGCUCUUGUAUAUGAUGGAUGCCUCUAACCCCACCCAGCUCUCUGCAUCCUGCAUGCAGCUCUUGGGUCUCCUUUCUGCAGAAGAACUUGCAAAAGCCUCGGUCCUCAUACUCUUCAAUAAAAUUGACCUACCCUGUUACAUGACCAUGGAGGAAAUAAAGUCAUUGAUCAGGCUUCCAGACAUCAUUGCUCGUGCCAAGCAGAACAUCACCACAGUAGAAAUAAGUGCCAGCACAGGCGCGGGCUUGGCAACAGUGUUGCUCUGGCUCCAGAAUCAACACAGAAUCAAUCCCAGCAGUUGACUGCAAGAUGGAAGACGCAUGAGAGAGCCUGAGGUGUAUCUGUAAGUGAUAGGGGUCUGCGCAGUGACUGGUGAACAAGCACACACUUACGAACACCAAUGUCAUCUCACUUCUCAACAAUGUUCCCAAGACAGGACAGGCUGCAGGUGUCUUCUUCCUGUCUGCUGGGACUCCUAGCAAGAAACUGGACCUGCUGAGGGUUUUGGACUGCAUGGAGACCAGGUCAUUUCUGUAGUACAGGCUCUUCCUGCCUGCUGGGACUCCCAGCAAGAAACUGGACCUGCUGAGGGCUCUGGACUGCACAGAACCCAGGUCAUUUCUGUAGUACAGGCUCUGCCCUUCUGAGUUCCUGAUAUCCUGACCAUGUUGCCCAGAAAAAAAAUAUAAAUUUAAUGAAGUUAAUAAGAAUUGGUGGGGGGGCUGGUGAGAUGGCUCAGCUGAUAAGUUGCUGAGUUGAAAUCCCAGAAACCACGUGGUGGUUCACAA